AUGGGAUUCGAUGGGAUCCGAGUAUGGGAUUGUUCGACCUGGGAACCUAUCGAUGAAGUUACUCAUACAAAUGGUCCUGGUCAGCUCAUUGAUAAUGCACAAACAAAUGAUUCAUCUGU